GCUUUGCCAACAUAUCGAGAUGCGUUUCGCCGGCUUCCAUCACUAACCUCCCGGAGGUCAUCAAGCCAAAUUUAUGAGUGGCCGCUCGAGUCACGUGACUCUAUUUAAGGCUCCCUUAUUUGGGAAGAGCGCAUAGGAUAAAGAAAGAGAUAUCUCCACCUAUAAAUUGUGCACUUUGGAGAACAAAAAACCCCUCAACUUCAAAGAGUCACAAAUCACCCUUAAUCAAAAAGGGUGCAGAAAUUUUUUGGGCCCUCCCCGCCAUGAGCUCCUACGUAGCCAAUUCAUUCUAUAAGCAGAGCCCCAAUAUCCCUGCCUAUAACAUGCAAACUUGUGGGAACUAUGGAUCGGCCUCAGAGGUGCAGGCAUCCAGGUACUCCUACGGCGGAUUGGACUUAAGCAUCACUUUCCCACCGCCUGCGCCUUCCAACUCUCUCCACGGGGUAGACAUGGCUGCCAACCCCCGGGCUCACCCCGACCGCCCCGCCUGCAGCGCCGCGGCCGCUCCGGGACACGCUCUGGGCAGAGACGAAGCGGCUCCUCUGAACCCCGGGAUGUACAGUCAGAAGGCGGCUCGCCCGGCGCUGGAGGAGCGAGCUAAGAGCAGUGGGGAGAUCAAAGAGGAGCAGGCGCAGACAGGGCAGCCCGCCGGACUGAGCCAGCCACCGGCCCCGCCACAGAUUUACCCGUGGAUGACCAAACUGCACAUGAGCCACGAGACGGACGGCAAGCGGUCCCGAACCAGUUACACGCGCUACCAGACUCUGGAACUCGAGAAAGAAUUCCACUUUAACCGAUACCUCACUCGCCGCAGGCGCAUAGAGAUCGCCAACAACUUGUGUCUCAAUGAGAGACAGAUCAAGAUCUGGUUCCAGAACCGCAGGAUGAAGUGGAAGAAAGAUUCCAAAAUGAAAAGCAAAGAGGCUCUUUAGACGCAGCGGGGCAGGCCCGCAGAGCGCGCCCCUAGCUGGUUCCGGUCCCUGCGCCUUUCCUUUUCGCCUUUCCUCUCUCUAUAUUUCGGGGCGGGGGCAGGUGCUGGAGCACUGGGCUCCCGGACCUCACAGACAAAAGCGCUUUUCCUUGGCAUUACGCAUCCCUACUGACCCAGGGUUCCCGCGGGGCUGCCCGCGCUGCCCCAACUCCCCUCAGCUCGGCUCAACUCGGUACCCGAGGCCCAGGGCAAGCUCCGUAGGGCUUCCCCGGAGGGCUGCGGCGUACAGGCUGGCGCUGAACGAACCUUGGCCUGGGCCGUCUCUCCGACUCUCAGCCUCAGCGCGGCCCUCCCGAGUUAAGGUGGGCCCGGCCCGCGCCACAGGACCCUCGCCCAACCCUCUAGCCUCGCCCUCUCCUUUGUUCCCGGCUGGACGGGUUAGACAGCCGCAGGCUGGCGAGAGUCUGGCCCCAGACUCGGGGUGCUUCCUUGUAGCGACUGAACUAGAUUUUCACUUAUAAAUGAUUUGCAUAUGAAAAGAGAACUUCGGUCUAGGGCCCCCACGGUUGCUCUAUGCUUUCCAAACCUUAUCUCCACAACCUCUUUCCCCCAAAACCCGGGAACCUCCCCAGCCUGCGCCUGCUGCAUGCCCUCUCAGGCCGGCAGCCCCAGCCUGCUAGCUAGCUCAACUAUUGGGGUUUCCUGACACUGGACCCCAGCAAGUGGUCCUAGAGGCCCUUUGCUGUCGCAUAGUCCCUGCCACGACUUUCUGUGCCCUCCUGACCCAUUGCUGUUGUCCAACUAUUUAUUGACUCUGGGUCCUUCCUGAAACUAUAUUUUGUCAUAUCAAAUAAAGACGAAGAGAGAACAGGACUAAA